AUGUGCGUUGUUCUAAUCGGCGUGAUUGUCUACGUAUUCCUGUACGCUGUGUAUAAACUCUUUGUAUACCCCUACUACUUAUGCGAGUUCUUGGAGAUGCCUGGGCCUCCCAAUAGUCCCGGAUGGAGAGGUUGGAUUAUGGGUAACGUCCCACAGAUCGCAGAUAGCCCCCCAGUAGUACCACUCAUAAAAUGGCGGGAACAGUACGGAGCAAAUGUGAGCCGUUUUGACAACUACCGGCGACCUGUCCGGGUAGACAGAUUCCUGAAGAACAUCUUGGGCGAGGGUCUCUUGACUGUCUGGGGAUUGAUUUGUUUCAACGAGCUUGCGAGUUGCAACGAAUUUAAACAGCAUAUGCAUAGACCACUUUUAUUAUAAUAAUCCAUGCAUUGUAUGUCAGACGGCCAAAUUGUCCCCCAGCCCACCCUAAGAAU